CUACAGUCACCUGACACACACCGAAAUCCAAGAUGGCGGCGAAGGUGAUGAAAGCAGCACGCUGUCCUACAGAUGAGCUGUCCCUGUCCAACUGUGCUGUCGUCAACGACAAGGAGUUUGAUGUGGAAAAGAUCAGACAUGUGGCAGUGAGGACUGGUCCAACAGACAAGUUUAUCUUCACUCUGAAGUCUCACAGCAGUGUUGUACCUGGUACCAUCGCCUUCAGUCUCAUACAGAGAAAAUGGGCUUCCUUGUCACUCAACCAAGAAGUGGAAGUGACUCCGUACCGAUUUGACCCCAACACCCAGUACCUGAGCUCAGUCACCAUCAAUGUAGACUUUCUCCAGAAAAAGGCGGCAAAUCAGGAUGCUUUUGACACUGACAAGAUGGCUGCAGAGUUUCUGAUGCAGUUUUCCAACAUGGCACUCACUGUGAACCAAAUGAUGGUCUUCAGUUUUGCUGACAAGAAGCUGCUACAGCUCAUUGUAAAGGACCAGGAAGCUGCAGACCUGGCAGUGUUAAAAGGAGGGCAGUCUUCUGGCAAGGCUAAGAAGAUCCAGACAGGCAUGUGUAUGUCCAAUACUACUAUCAUCUUCGACAAGUCUCCAGACUCUCCCAUCAACCUGACUGGGAAGUCCAAGGGGAAGUCUGCACGACAGUCUAUCAUCAACCCUGACUGGGACUUCCAGAAGAUGGGCAUUGGUGGACUGGACAAGGAAUUUUCUGACAUCUUCAGACGAGCGUUUGCCUCCAGAGUGUUUCCUCCUGAAGUGGUGGAGGCCCUGGGUGGCAAACAUGUGAAAGGCAUCCUCCUGUUCGGCCCACCAGGUACUGGUAAGACCCUGAUGGCUCGAACCAUUGGUAAGAUGCUGAACGCUCGAGAACCAAAGAUCGUGAACGGUCCUGAAGUGCUGAACAAGUACGUAGGCGAGUCGGAGGCCAACAUCAGAAAACUGUUCGCUGAUGCAGAGGAGGAACAGAGACGGUGUGGACUGAACAGCGGCCUCCAUAUCGUGAUCUUUGACGAGAUUGACGCCAUCUGUAAGCAGAGAGGCAGCAUCUCGGGCAGUACCGGCGUACACGACACCGUUGUGAACCAGCUGCUGUCCAAAAUAGACGGCGUGGAACAGCUCAACAACAUCCUGCUCAUUGGUAUGACCAACAGACGAGACCUAAUUGAUGAAGCCCUGCUGCGGCCUGGUCGUCUGGAGGUGCAGAUGGAGAUCAAUCUGCCAGACGAGUCUGGGAGGAGGCAGAUCUUUGAGAUUUACGUGGCGAGGAUGCGAGAGAAUGGGAAGCUCGCUCCCGACGUGGACAUUGACGAGAUGUCAAUCAUCACCAAGAACUUCAGCGGGGCUGAGAUCGAGGGUCUGGUGCGAGCAGCACAGUCAACUGCCAUGAACAGACUCAUCAAGGCUUCUAAUAAAGUAGAAGUUGACCCUGAAGCAGCAGAGAAGGUCAUGGUCACUAAGAGCGACUUCCUCAACGCACUGGAGAAUGAUAUCAAACCGGCGUUUGGCCACCAAGCAGAGGUGUUUGAAAGCUACAUCCAGAAUGACAUCAUCUCGUGGGGCGACCCUGUGCACCGUGUGCUAGAUGAUGGGAAGCUGCUGGUGGAGCAGACCAAAGUCAGUGAGAAAACUCCGCUGGUCAGUGUACUGCUAGAAGGUCCUGCCAUGAGUGGUAAGACGGCGUUGGCUGCCAGGAUUGCCGAGUCUUCUGAGUUCCCCUUCAUCAAGAUCUGUUCCCCUGAGAACAUGAUCGGCUUCAGCGAGAGCGCCAAGUGUCAGGCUAUCAAGAAGGUGUUUGAUGAUGCUUAUAAGUCUCAACUCAGCUGUAUAGUGGUGGACGACAUUGAAAGACUCAUAGACUAUGUCCCGAUUGGACCACGAUUCUCCAACUUGGUUCUACAAGGGCUAAUUGUUCUGCUGAAGAAACCACCACCAAAGGGAAGAAAGUUGUUGAUUAUCGGCACAACAAGUCGGCGGGAUGUUCUAGAGGAGAUGGAGAUGACAAACUCCUUCAACACCAACAUCCACGUCUCCAACCUGUCCAAACCUGAGCAACUCAUCAACGCUCUGGAGCUCCUUGAGUGUUUCUCCAAGAAAGAAAUGGAUUCCAUUGCCAAGAAGGUUGAAGGGAAAAAACUGUGGAUCGGCAUUAAGAAGCUGCUGGUACUGAUAGAGAUGGCCAGACAGACUGAUGAGGAGGUACGCAUCCCAAAGUUCCUGUCUCUACUGGAGGAGGAGGGAGGGUUGUCCAUGUCCUAGUGCAAACUGGAAGGAGACAUGAUAAUGGUUACAUAAUAUGCAACAACAACGCGUCAUCCAAUGAGUGUCCAUGAUAGCUUCUAGGUCAAUGUUAGGCACUGUAGAUUGUCUUUAUUGACAUGUUUGUGAUUCGGUCAUGUAUGAUGUGAUGUCUAAAGCUAGCACCUUUCAAAUUUGUUAGAGAACUGAUUCUACAAGUCAUGUGUUUACAAUCGUGUAAAUGUUGAAAACACACACACUAUGGGUACAUGUCAGAAGUUCCUGUUUCCAAUGGGCACUUCUUUAUUUGUGUUUCCAGGGCUUUAAUACUAGAAAUUAGCAACACGGAAGGAAAAAUCUUUUUUAAGCAAUAAGUUAGAAGAAAAAAAAUCUGAGAUAACUAUGCACAUGUUGCAGACAAAAUUUGCAUGAUAUCAACCAAUCAGGUGAGAAUAAGCUAUUUAAAGACAAAAUUGUAUAGAUAUGUACUAUUCUAGAGACAUGUCUACAAGGAGUUGUACAAUAGAGAUUUGGAUGUGUGUGAUGUUAAAUGUGAUGUCUGUGAUGUAAAAUUUGUGAUUACUAAAUGUUACAUGUGGCAAUUAAGCAAAGAAAUAAGCUAUCAUUCCUGUAGAUCAGAAACCCAUGUGAUGUUUCUGACAGUAAAUUGAGGUCACUAUUGGGACAGUCAUUGAAGUGCUGUAGAAAUGGUCAGCAUUCUUGGCAACAAGCUCUAAUGAUAGCUCAUGGGAGCUAGCAGCAGUCUUGUUGCAUUUCCAGCCCAAGUCAGUUUCUUGACAUUUGGGCAAACCAACCGAUAUGACAAUUUAGGACUGGACCUGCACUGUGUGGUAACCCCUGUUCUUGGUGGAGUGUGGGUUACACUGGCCCAUAAUGUUCUUCAGGAAAUUGAUCAUUGAAAGCUUAAGUGAUGGUACCUGUUACUCCUCUUUGUACUGUCUCAAUAUGUUGUAAGCUAAGGGUAUUGUAGAGUUUGUGCAAACUACCUAACUGAUUUUAGUCAUUUUCCUGGUCAGGAGAUGUAUCAUAUGGGACCAAGAGUCUAGCAAAUGCUCAAGAAAGCUGUUAAUUAAAUGUAAGAUGCAGAAUGAGAAUGAAAACUAUAUUAAACAUCAAGAUAAAAAAAUGAAAUCUCCAGUCAAUUUCUGUAAGGAUGCAAAUUCGAGGUGGGAACAGCUGCCUUGACAGGACUUAAUCUUUGCAGUCAAUAGCUUCAAGAUAUUUUGUUUAUGGGUUGUCUUCAAAAAUCAGCAAGGCCCUACUGGUUCCAGGUCUAAGAUUAUAUCUACUUAUGGUGAUUAGGAUUAUACUCAUAACAGUAGACAUUAUCAUUGACAGUCAAGAAGGCAGUAAACAUCCCAGAGAGUUUCGUAUUAAAAAUAGAAUGAUUUAUUGAAACCUGGCGCAUGUAUCCAUAUUUACAGCAUUCGUCACAUGAAGCCAUUAGAACACAAAAUGGGCAGAUGUCAACGUGUUGGACUGUUUCACUACAGCUCCCUCCAGCCUGAUGCGGGCUUCUGGUAUGUUGGUGAUUUUGGUCGGCUCAUGUCACAUUUUUUCCCUUUUUGUUUUCAUGUUUUUUGUACAAGUAGACUGAAGUAAUAUCUUUACUAAUAGAUAAUCUUACCAGAAAAAAACAGACUAUCAUACCAGAAGCCAGCACCAGAUGACUAAAGGUUAAAAGUACUCGCCGUUGCUUAACCUUCGCCCUUCUUAGGGUAGACUUUGUGAACCAUAUCCGCAUGGGUUACAGGGGUAGGCAGCAGGGAGAAGGUUAAUUUUUGUCAACUACCAGGUACG